AUGGCGGCGGAGGAAAUCUUCGAGACUUACGGCGUCGCAAACGUGCAAGCCAAUCGCACUCGCGCUGCUGAUGCACGCUUCCUGAUGAGAGCGACUUUUGGCCCGACUCGUGAAACAUUGACAGAACUCGGUCAGACGAGCCAUGCAGAUUGGGUCUUGGAGCAGAUGAGCUUGCCAAUGGAGUCCCUCCGGGAAUACUAUCGUGAGCGCGUGAAUCCAUUCUACAAUGCCGCUGUAGACAGUGAACGCGACUUCAAGCCCUACACUCCCUGCACACCUGGCUCGCGCUGGAGGGCAUAUGUUUUCAUGCUGAGUGACAACCGGAAGCAGGUCCAGGUGGCAGCCGGAAAAAUCUUUGUGGAUGGCAAGUUCCGGUCAGACAUCCGCACUGGUCUCCUGGGCUCACGUUGGAGCGGUCUUGGCAACUACACAGGCUAUCUCUGUUUCCUGUAUGAGGGCGUCGGACAGGAUGUCCACCUUUCGACUGACAAAGAUUGCAGUUGGAGAAUCCCGAAGACGAAUAUGCCAAAUCCCGCGUUGUAUUUGUUGGACCGGACUAUGUCCCUGCCUGUUUCCUUGCCCUUCAGGGACGGCUUGCCAGACACAGUGCUGUUGCAGACCUACGCCCCCAGUGAGUGCCCGAUGGACGAGGCGCUGCUUAGCAAAGUCGAGGGCGAGGAGCUCUUAAUUGAGGUCCAUGGAAACACUUACGCUUAUCAUCCGCGGGUUCAGCUUCAUGGCAACACUCCUGGAAGCCCCGCUCCUGGACUCUGCGUGCCGCCAAGCUUUCUCACAGAAGCAUCGUGCAAAGCACCGGCGAUCUCUCCAGCUCAGGCCGCGGUGCCAGGGCUUCAUGCGGAAGUGCACGUCCUGAGCUCCAGCCCUUCGGGCUUCAUCAGCGAGACCUCGAGCCAGCCGACCUUUGCCUUUCUUGACCCUCAGAUCAACCAUCCUUCUACGGGCAAUGCUUGGAUUGACCAACUGCCCAGGGACUACUUUGCCAUCCGCUGGGCAGCCACGUUGACAAUCCAGCAGGCAGGCGAGUAUGAGUUCUUCCUGGAGUCCGACGACGGCUCUAGACUGGUGCUGGAUGGUUCUGAGGUGGUGUUGAACGGUGGCUUUCACGGCAUGGAGGAGAAGAGUGGCAAGGUGAACCUGACCGCCGGAGGCCAUGCGCUUCUCGUCGAGUACUACGAAGGCAACGGCCAUGCUGGAAUUGUAGCUCGCUGGCAGGGCCCGGACAGCGGGAACACCAAGCAGAUCAUGCCUUCUGCAGCCUUCCAAACUCCUCCUCCGAGCACAUCAUCUUGCGUCUCCUGUGGCUCACCUGGAGAGGUUUCCAACGAUCCCGCCCUGGGACACCAGCUCCGCUUCUACACCACAAGGUCCCAUGCAGACCAAGACCUCGACAACCACUUCUUCGAUAGAUUUGCCGAUGAGCUGUCCAAGUCGACCGUUUGGACAGCCAAAGCCCUGUGGGCCAAGGACCAGUUACGCCAGCGCAUGGCGUGGGCCUUAUCACAGAUCUUCGUGGUCAGCGCCAAUGGUUUUGGCAUGGAUGACCGGACUGAGCUGUGGUUAAAUUAUUAUGACAUCUUCGUGCGCAACGCGUUUGGCAAUUUCCGGGAUGUCCUCCGAGAGAUCACUUUCAAUCCUCUCAUGGGUCGCUACCUCACCAACACUGGCAGUUCUUCCUUUGACUACAACGGCCGCUUUCCCAACGAGAACUUCGCCCGUGAGAUCAUGCAGCUCUUCUCUGUCGGUCUGGACUUGCUCCACCGCAAUGGUACUGUCAUGAGGGAUUCCAACGGAGACAUUAUGCCAACCUAUGACAUGGAUCACAUCGUAAAUUUCGCGAAAGUCUUCACAGGCUUCCGGGAACGGCCCUUCCGACCCAACAUCGAGAACGAAGAUGAUGACAACUUGAUAGAUCCAAUGAUCGUCGACGUUUCAAGACACGAUGUUCAUCCCAAGCCAGACUUGUAUGGAGGCUUCUUGGGGGAUGUCUUGCCCUCUUGCACGGAACCUGGGGUUCGCAAAUUCCUGGCCAAAGGGGCUCGAUACGAGUUCUAUCCAUAUCAACCCAUGGGUCAGGUUCUCGAGCUGUCCCCUGGGUCAGAAUUCUACGAUGUGCUGUGCUCCAGGGUCGACACUAGCUGUGUCUACCCAGCAGUGGUGGUGCUGAAGAAGACAGUUGCCUGCUCCGGUGCCGAGUGCUUGGCUGAUGAUGCCAGUAUCGUGAAGAUUGACGGGCGGUUUUACACUUACAUACCGGCACCAUGCGUGAACCCAUAUUUCGAGGCAGUCCCGCACAAUGAAACAGUGAGCUUCUUUGCCCUCAAAAAAGGCGAAUACUGCACUCCAGGUUCAUUGAUUGGGGACCAGGCUGCCUGCGAGCAAGCUAUCAUAUCAGUGUAUGGGUCGCACGAUGGCAGGCCAUACACGCAGGCAAAAACUUGGUAUCCCAAAGGCUGCUCCUACAGGGGUGGGCGAAUGUACUUCAAUCCGGACCCUGUGGGCCGCACCAAAGGAGGAGACUAUCUGCCCAUUUGCUAUGCCAGCAUCAUCGUCCACGAGAAUGGAAAGGUCAGUGCAGACGGCCUCGAAGCAAACAGCUUCACUGUGCCAUGGGUGGGGGGGUCGCCUCCCAACUCGCCUCCAUUUGGAAUCAACUUCUUGACCAUUCAGUCGGGUGCUGUUUUCAGCGAAGUGCCUUGCAAGGAAGAUGUCAAACAGCAGUUGUUCAUGGGGGCCUUUGAGCCGAACGUGACUUGCAGCGUGUGUGGCGGUGAUGUCGAGGUCUUCCAUCAUCCUGGUGAGGGGCCAGGGGUCACAGCCAAGACAAUCUUCAAAGUGGAUGGGAAGUUCUACAAGAAUGUCAUGAGCACGAUUCACGUUGCCAACGGACCUACCUUCCGUAACCCACCAGUGUUUGUGAACGGCCACGAAGCAAAAACAUCAGGGAAUGCGAAUCCCUUAAAGCACGCCGUCCUGGCUGAAGUCGAAAGCCUGCUGGAUCAGCUCUUCAUGCAUGAGAACACCGCCAUUUUCAUCAGCAAGCGGCUGAUCCAGAGGUUUGGCGUGUCAAAUCCUUCGGCAGCUUAUGUGGAAGCGGUGCAGCGUGCAUUCCGCACUGGUGAGUACGGUGGCAUGCUCUUCUCGGAGAAGUAUGGAGAUCUUGCUGCAACAGUGGCAGCCAUUCUUCUUCACAAGGACGCCGACAUGGAUGGCCAUCAGCAUAAGCAGUUUCACGGCAGCUUGCGUGAACCAAUGCUGAAGCUGAUGCAUUUCAUGAGGUCCAUGGAGUAUCAGGAUGUGACCCGCGAGAACGUCGUCCUCCGAGAGCUUCAAGAUGUGUUGGGCCAGUUUCCCUUCCAGUCGCCUACGGUCUUCAACUUCUACUUGGCCGACUUCAACUUGCCAAUGCCCGAGCCUGAACCGGAGUCCACCACCGCAAUGCCAGUCUCGAUGCCCGAACCUGAGCCAGAGCCGGAGCAGCUUGUCGGCCCGGAGUUUCAGAUCUUUACGCCGCCGCACUUCAUUGGCUUCCUCAAUGGCAUGUCAUCGCUGAUCAAGAGUGGAAUCAGCUCUGGAUGUGACAGCGGCAGCGGUUUCGGCAUCCGGCCCAACGCUUAUGAUGGCUUGUCGUGGGAAGAAAUCUGUCCCAUGGGUCACUUAGUGUCCGACCUUGGAGAUGAGAACACCACCAUUGAAGAGCUCAAUGUAUUGCUGACAGGUGGUCGCCUAACCGACACGGCCAAGGAAGUGGUUCGCAAUGCUUACCAGCGUGCCCCGCGAGCGCAACGCGUGAAACGCGCCCAGCAGGCAGUGGUUAUGACGCCCGAGUUCAACACCUUUGGAGCACCACUGCCGAAGGCUGCACAACGCCAAGAGUAUCUCGAUUCCUCAGCAGGCUCCACGAAGCCCUACAAGGCGACGAUUUUCCUCUUUCUUGCUGGGGGUGCUGACACCUGGAAUAUGCUGGUCCCACUCGGCUGUGAUCUUUAUCAGGAGUAUGUCGAUGUUCGAACUGAUCUGCACCUAGACCCCGAAGACCUCAUUGAGAUCGACGUGGCCAAUCAGUCGUGCCAGAAGUUUGGCAUCCACGGCUCCUUCCCUUACUUGAAGCAGCUCUACGAUGAGGGCGAUCUGGCCUUCAUGACAAACAUCGGCUCUCUUGUGGAGCCUCUCAACAAGGAGCAGUACCGCAAUAAUCUCAAGGAGAGGUGCGUUGGCUUGUUCUCGCACUCAGACCAGCAAACAGCCGCUCAAACAUUGGCCUGCCAAGUCGUUGGCAACAGCCCGCGAGGCGCCGGCGGCCGCAUCACUGAUGCCCUUGUGUCUGCCGCAAGCCCUUAUGCGGCGACGUCGUUCUCAUUGGCUGGCAGUGCCAUUUUCGCACAAGGAUUGGUGACCAACAGGCAGAUCGUCGAUGAGCGAGGCAACGACCGCUUCCAUGAGUUCGAGCUGUGGCGUGAGGCCAUCUCCAACCUCACCCGUCAGCAGCAUGCCAACGUCUUCAGUGAGCAGUAUGCACAAGUCUUCUUGGAUUCCAUCAAAACCACUGAAGAGCUCGGCCGCGCCAUCGAGGAUGUAGAGCUGGCUACGGCCUACUCCACCUCUUCAAGCUUGGAGAAGCAACUCUCUCAGGUGGCAAAGCUCAUUCGCGUACGCGAAGUGCGCAAGGCCGAGCGCGACUUCUUCUUUGUUCAGGUUGGUGGCUGGGACAUGCACUCCAACCUGCUGAAUGGGCUGAACUCGAGGUUUGGCGAGAUCAACCGAGCCUUGGAAGGCUUCGUGGCAGAGAUGAAGGCGCAAAACGUGUGGGACAAUGUCGUCCUGGCAAGUUCCUCGGAGUUUGCGCGCACUCUGGACUCGAACGGAGGCGGCAGUGAUCAUGCUUGGGCGGGGCAACAUUUCAUCAUUGGCGGCAAGGUCAAGGGUGGACAGAUGCUCAACCAGUUUCCUUCCAGCCUCAAGGAAGGUGCUUACAAUGAUCUGGGUCGUGGCCGGCUGAUCCCUGCAUACCCUUGGGAGACAAUGCUGAAGCCAAUUGCGGAGUGGAUGGGUUUGGAGACAAGCUCUCCAGAGGUCUUGAGCAAAGUGUUUCCGAACAUCGGGCACUUCAACUCAUCGAUUGUUCAGGGUAAAGAUUAUCUUUUUCAGCCAUGA